CAAAAGGCUUACCUCUAAAAGACUAUUUCGUUGAAUGAACUUCAUUGUUAACCAACAUAUAAUAAAAAUGUACUUAUAACUCUUCUCUUUUCUCCGUUCCCUUUCUUUAACACUAUUUACUCUUUUCCACUACUAGUCCUCGUAGCAAUUGAAGUCGGAGAUCGAAUCGGGGUAUCAUAUGCGGUGAUCUUUUUUUUUUUCUUUUCGCCAAGCCGAUUUUCGCCCUAGUACCUUUAAGUUACAAGGGAGCUCGCCUCAAAUUUCUCUGAGACCUCGAUUCGCACACAAAGAACAAGAUCAAUUCGAGAGGUGAAGCGAGCGGAUCGCUCGGGACGGCGUCAUGUCGACUACAGCUGGGGCCUUCAUAGCGGGCGGUAUAGCCGCUUGCGGUGCCGUCACAGCUACGCAUCCCUUCGAGACGGUUAAGAUUCGAAUGCAGCUCCAAGGCGAGCUCCAAACGAAAGGCCACCAACCACACCACUACCGCGGGCCGUUUCACGGAGUCAGCGUGAUCGUGCGCAACGAGGGGCUGAAGGGGAUCUACCGGGGUAUCGGGUGCGCGUACGUGUACCAGGUGCUGCUGAACGGGUGUCGACUGGGGUUCUACGAGCCGAUGCGCAACGGGCUGGCGACACUCCUGCUGAAAGACGGCGCGAAGCAGAACCUCGGAAUCAACAUGCUCUGCGGCGCCUCCUCCGGCAUCAUCGGCGCCGCCGCGGGGUCUCCCUUCUUCCUCGUCAAGACGCGUCUUCAGAGUUUCUCCCCUUUUCUCCCCGUUGGCACACAGCAUAAUUACCGCAAUGCGAUCGAUGGCCUCGGACAGAUUUACCGCGCGGAGGGCUUCAGGGGCUUGUAUAGGGGUGUUGGCGCGGCUAUGAUUAGGACCGGCUUUGGGAGCUCGGUUCAGUUGCCGACGUACUUCUUUGCGAAGAGGAGGUUGGUUAGGCAUUUGGGCAUGGAGGAGGGCGCGCCGCUGCAUCUGGCCAGUAGUACUGUGUCGGGGUUUGUCGUGUGCUGUUUUAUGCAUCCGCCCGACACGAUCAUGUCGCGAUUAUAUAACCAAAACGGUAACCUGUAUAAGGGCGUCUUCGACUGCCUGGGCAAGACGAUCCGGACUGAGGGCUUCCUCGCUAUCUAUAAGGGCUUUUUGCCUCACCUCGCGCGUAUAUUGCCGCAUACUAUACUUACUCUGAGUCUGGCGGAGCAGACGAAUAAGUUGAUCCGUAAGAUCGAACAGAAGAUAUUACCUGCUUCGACUCUAUGAAUGUUUGAGUCAACACCAGCGUCAGGGAGGAGCCAAGGGGUAAAAUAAAGGUAACGGUGAAUAGAAACAUAUAGGAUGCCUUGAAUUCCCCAAGCGAGCAGUUCUUUCAAGGAGCUAGCUUGUGUGUUUGAAUCGGGUCAUACUGGUCCGAACACAGGGAAUAUUUAUCUAAAAGGACGGGGACAUGAUCUCCAUCAUGAUAUCUACGAUCUAAGUAUCGACGGAUAUAUGUACCGAAUUCGUUAUAGAAGGAGCACGGUUAGAUGGAUGGAUACUCGGACGCUUCACGGUACUAUACUAGGGUAAACUAGUUUUUAGAGACGGUCUCGGGGACUGGGUAGAUAACUAGGUACACGUAUGGACAUAAAGCGUGUCUGCUGAAAGGGGGGUGGGUGUCAAUGAAGAAUAUUACUGAUUUAACUUUUCA